AUGGAGGCGAAGCAUCAGCAUCAGCACCAGUAUCAGCAUCAACAGCAGCAGCAGCAGCGCGUGAGCAAGAGCGUGAGGAGCCACCCGGAGGACGGAGGAGGAGGAGGUGGUGGUGGUGGUGGUGGUGGUGGUGGAGGUGGGGGGGUUGGUGGGGCAGGAGGACACCGUGCCGAGAUGGAGAUGCAGGCGAAGAUCCAGAAAGCCGUGGACUUCAAGCUGGAGGGCCAUCGCUGCUACAAGGAGAAGAAGUUCCGCGAGGCCAUUGGCAAGUACCACCGGGCCCUGCUGCAGCUCAAAGGCGUCCACGGCUCCGAGGUGGAGCUGCUGAACCAGGCGGCGUCCAAGCUGACCGAGGAGCAGCGGAGAGCCGUGGAGACCACCGAAAUCGAAUGCUAUGACAGCCUGACAGCGUGUUUGCUGCAGUCGGAGCUGGUGAAUUAUGAGCGAGUGAAGGAGUAUUGUUUGAAGGUGCUUGGUCAUCAGCAGGACCAUUUUAAAGCCAUGUACCGCGCUGGGAUCGCUUUCUACCACCUGGGAGAUUACGAGUGUGCCCUGCGCUACCUCCGCGACGCCAAGAGCCGCGAGCCCGCAGACACAAACGUGUUGCGGUACAUCCAGCUGACGGAGAUGAAGAUGAGUAAGAGCGGUCAGCAGGUGCGAGAGAGCGGCAAAGAGGCUUUGGGUUAAGGGCUCGUCCGCCUCCGCCAAACUUCUCUUCACAAAUCUCUCCCCCUUUUCUCCUGCACCCUUCGUCCAAUGGACAACCAGGACCCAUGUACUGUGCCCUUCUCUGAAGAUGGACUCCUUUUGGCACAGAUACUGAACAGAAGAAUCCCCCUUUGACUCUUCCUAUCGCUCUGAAUCUUCUCUGUCCCUUUAAAACCAACCAACCGACUGCCCCGGUGCUUUCUGUGUCCCAGGUACUGACUGACCAACCCAUGACGAUGAGGAAAAACAACUACAAAACGCAAAGAGAAGUGCUGUAUUAUAACGAUCAAAGCAGUAAAGGUCUAAAGAAAGAUGGCAGUUUCACAUGGACCUCUUAAAGGACCUUCUGUUCUAUCAUACGAGAAGUUGAAUAAGCAGUGAAGAGUAGCUGUAGAGAGGUGGAGGUGUUUCUGUGUGGUCACAAUCUUUAUCUUUAAACGAGAAGAGCACACAUAUCAAAGCCACAGUGCGAGCCUGCGAUAAAGCAAUUGACCCUUGGGCUCGAGCCGAGCCCUUUUUCAUCCCACACCUCGCACUUCCUCGCCGAAGGACUCAAGCGAAAGGUUGCUGUUUCAGAAUGCAAUUGGAUACUGCUGAGCUCUAUCCACAUCUGCCUG